CAAUAAAUGCCAGCAUCAUCACCAUCAGUAAAAAAGAAGACUAAAUUAACCAUAACAUGUUUACCAGAAGCCACAUAUGAAAAGUUGGCUGACUGUUAUCCCAAGGCUGCAGUGGGAUGGAAGGAUACUCAACGAGCACUAAAAAGAGAAGUUAUGCAAUGUAUUCGAAUUUACUGUAAGCGAAAAGGGAUUCCCCAAAAUGAUACUGCCAUGAGUUCAUGUAAAGAUUGUCUGCAAUUAACUUUUGGUGAAACAUUGUUCAGAAAACAUGUUAAUGGAUUGUCAACGGAUACAUAUAAAUACGUGCAAAGUAUCUAUUGUUAUGUCAGUAAGAUAUUCAGCAAUCUGUGGAGUUCUUUUAAAAGAAAGAGUCUAAUAGAAUUAAAGAAAAAAGAGAAGCCAAAAAGAAAGAAGAAUUCCAAUGUAGAAGUUUCUAAUAUAGAAGGGGUUCCAUCCUCAAUUCAAGCAACAGCUAUUCAACCUUCUACCUCUUCACCAACAAGAGAACAUGUCAGAGCCAACAAUGGUCAAUUCUCUUCAUUGCAGAGCUAUGUUGCAGAAGAUGAACAAGUUGUUUUUUUAACACUUGUUAAAGAUUGGAUCAAAAAACCUGACACAAGAGCAACACAACCUUCAGCAGACGCAAUUAAUUUGCUUGAUAUGGAAUCAGAUGGUGCAGAUCUUUAUUCAGAUAAUGGUCAAUCAGACUCAGAAGAAGCACAACAAUUGUAA